GCGUCGUUCUCAUGAGAAAGAGUUUAUUAAUUGACAAGAUUAGCCUUCAAAUUAUCGUUUGUAUUUAUGUGGACCACGAUUCAGGAGCUAGAGAUGCUCUAAGUCGAUUACUUAAGUUAGGGUCCCUGUCUCAACGCGAUCGUAUUAUCUUCCCUAUGCUAGCCGAUUACGAGCGAAUAGUAGGCAAGCUAGGCAGAAAUCAAGAACCCAUCUACGACACAGUAGCUCCCGAUAACUUAGCAAAAAUCCCAAUUCCAGAAAAUAAUAUGGCAGGGAAUGAUAAAAGACCCUUUGCGAAACCCGAAAGCUAUGGGGGUACAAAGAGUGAAGACUUCAACGAGUGGUUGAAAACCUUCAAUAGGGCAGCAAAAAUAAAUAAGUGGGAUGAGGAUGAUAAAAUCUUGUAUUUACCCCUCUACCUCAAGAAAACAGCAUUGGCAAUUUUCGACAUAUUUUCGGAUAAAAAUGAAAACGCGACAUUUCUUGAUGCAGUAGGCCACUUAAAAAGUAAACUUGUAGACCCUGUUCAUGAAGAGACAACCAGACAAAAACUCGAAAACAGAAACAAAUUACCAACAGAAACAUACACAGAAUACACAGCAGAUAUAAUAAAACUUUGUCACAUUCUUGAGCCUCAAAUGUCAGAGAAAAGAAUAGUAGGAUAUGUUUUGAGAGGCUUAGACGUAGGAGCAUUGCAACAUGUUGCUUUCAUGGACAAUGCAUCAGUUGAAGAUUUAGAGAAAAAUCUCGCCAAAUAUGAAAGAUCUCGCUUCCUUCUAGACAAAAAGUUAGGAAUGCAUAAUGCUUCAAUCGAACAGCCUGUCCAAAAAAUAAAUGUAGUAGAUACUUUAGAGAAGAAAUUGAACGAUCUGAGUAUUGUGGUGAAAAAUUUGAGUAGAAAUGUAGGUCAAUCACAAAAUCCCAAUCCUAAUAGACAGUUUGGAAAUAGGAGCGGAAACUUUUCCCCACACGAAACAAAUCAGAACAACUUCCAAAGACAACCUUAUUCAAACAAUAAUAAUUACAAUGAUCGCGACAGAAACACACAAUCACAUAAUCCUAAUCCUAAUAGACAGUUUGGAAAUAGGAGCGGAAACGUCUUCCCACACGAAACAAAUCAGAACAAUUUCCAAAGACAACCUUAUACAAACAAUAAUUACACACAAUCAACAUCAGUCAAUUACAGGACACCAAUCAACCCUAAUAGGACUAGAUUCUGUACAUACUGUAAGAGGAAUAAUCACUGGAAAGACGAUUGUUUUUUCUUAUCAAAAAACUCGAAUACAGGAUCCCGAGCCUAGACGAAUCGGAUAUGAACUUGGGAUCCGGAUUUGAAAAA